GGAGAUCCAGUCUUAUUUAGCAUUAUUUAAGCUUGUUCGUUCUGUAAUUGAACCAGUACCAGACCUAUCUCAAGAACGAUGAAGUCGGUUGUUGCUGCUCUUGCCCUAGUCUUCCUAGCCUACACACAGGUUGAUGCUGACCUAAAAUCAGAAGCGAGCAAUAAAUUGGGUGAGUUAAAGAAAAAAGUCGACGGAAAAUAUGAAAGUUUCGAUAAGAAUCAAAAAAAGUGGCAAAAGGAAGUGUUUGAUGCCGUUGGCAAAUAUGACAAGGAAACAGUCGAAGAAAUAGACAAAGAGAACGGUCGCCUGAACGAAGCUUUAAAAGGAAUUGCGGGGAAAAACGCCGGAUGUGUGGAGCAGCACAAAAAAGAUUUAGAAAAAGCUACCAAUAAAGCUAAAACUUUCUACACUUGCUCCAGCCAAAUAGCUGCAAGCACCGAACGAAACAUAGGACAACUGCAAAAUCAAGCUUCGGCUGCCCAAAGCCAAGUGCAAGCGUUCGAAGAUAGGAUAAAAGGUUGUGAGGGCAACGAAGGAUGUUUGAAAUCUACUGUUGAAAGUAUUAAGAAGUCGGACAUCCCCAAGCGUCUCGACGAUUUGAAAAAACAAGCCAAGGACCUCACUGAUGGAAAGAAAAAGGAGUUGUUAAAGUGCGCCAACGUUGAGGAAUAUAAGAAGAAAGGUGAAGACAUCCUUAAGAAAGCCAAAUCAUGCGCAUGAAUUAUAAUUAGAUUUUAGUUUAUUGUAUUGUUCAGAUGAAAUAAAAUUUUAUUAACAUGAAUUAAA